UGAAAUGAGCCGCAAGUACCAAACCGCUUUCCAGUCGUUCUCCAUCGAAUCUUUGAUCGGCGGCGGCAGCGAGACACCUCCAAUCGCGUCCGACGCAACUAUAUCGCCGCCGUCGUAUUAUUUGGACGCGGCCGCGAUGCAACUGCAGCAACGGUCGACGUUGGAACCGUCGUCGAUGUUGAACUUUGAUUAUUUGAGCGUGUUGCGAUUGCAGUCGGCCGCAGCGGCUGCUGCGGCCGCCGUCGGGAAAUCGUUCGCGCCGCGAUCGCUGUGGCCGUACUUGAGCGACGCGGUCGCAUUUCCCGGAACGCCACCGCCACCGCCGCUGUGUUAUCACGAUUACCGACGGUCAUUACUGCGCGACGUCGGCAACCGGCCUUCCCCGCCGCCGGUUUUUGGUUGCGACGCAGCCACUGACGACGACGCGGAUUCGGGUGACCCCGAAAAUCGCGACUUGCCGAAAGCAUGCACGACGGCCGUCGCCCAUGGAGGCCCGGGUGGCGGUGGUGGCUACGACGACGAUGACGACGGCGGUGGCGGUGGAAGAGACAACGGCGAAGAUAUCGACGACGACGAGGACGACGAAGACGAUGUUGACGAAGACCCGCGGUUCGGAAAAUGCCUAAAUGAUAUAGACAUUCUGCAAACAAGACAAAAUACAACUGCGCAGUCAUCAAAUGAAAACAAAUCUCGCCGAAGAAGAACAGCAUUCACUAGUGGUCAGCUUUUAGAAUUGGAGCGGGAAUUCCAGGCUAAAAAAUAUCUAAGUCUUACCGAAAGGUCCGAAAUAGCAAACUCAUUAAAACUUAGCGAAGUUCAGGUGAAGAUUUGGUUUCAAAACCGACGAGCGAAAUGGAAACGGGUCAAGGCCAGCUUGUUGUCCGGAAACGCGUGCGGCAACGAUGGCCAAAAGAGCAACGGCGGCGGGAACGCUAUGCGGGGCCGAUCGAAAUGUCCAAAUGGUGUCGUCGGCGGCGGCGGCGGGGCGGGAAAAAUCGUAGUGCCCAUACCGGUACACGUCAACCGGUUCGUGGUGCGGAGCCGACACCAACAGUUGGAGAAAUGCGCUUCUGGUUUUGCGCAUCUCCGACGAGGCAGCGAUGCGGACUUCAAAAUCAAAAGUCGGCUGCAGUUGUACACGUCCGCCAUUCUGUAGUCGGACACGGACAGAGGCCGCUGAGUUAGGCCUUUGUAUAGACACGUCAUCGUACUGCAAUAAUAUUAUAUAAAGCGCAAACUUUGGACAGAAAUGAAAGAAUAAAUAAUAAUAAUAAAUACAAAUUACGAUAUAAUAACCUAACCUAUACCUAUUAUGUAUAAUGGUUGUCAAGUGCUAUUUCUGAUAUGUCGCACCGCAGUGCAUUUUCAGACGAUUUUAAAAAAGGUAAUUUAUUUAAUGCAAUUUUUGAACUUAGACACACUAAUAUCUAUUAUAGGUACCUUGCUAUUUUCAAUUUGUGUAAAUCUGUGUACAUAUUUUUUAGGAUUAAUAUUAACAUGUUUUCAUAAAAUUCAAUAGGAAAUUUAUAAUUGUU